AUGGCGCCCCACAAGCUGCUGUAUGCCGCGGUCGCGCGUGGCACGACAGUGCUCGCAGAAGUAAACUACACAACAGGUAACGCGCCCCAGAUUGCGCUGCGGAUCCUGGAGAAGCUGCCGCAGGAGGACACCCGCAUCUCCUACGCUCAGGGUCAGCACAUGUACCACUGCCUAGUGACCGACGGCGUGUCGUUUAUAUGCAUGACUGAGGAGGCCCUGGGCCGCCGCAUCCCUUUUGCAUUCCUGGAUGAUGUCAGCCAGCGGUUCCUGGGCAGCUACGGCUCCGCCAGAGAGGCGGUGGCCUACGAGUUCAACACGGAGUUCAGCGUGGUGCUGGGGCAGAGGGCCGACUUUUACAGCAGCGACCCCGCAGCAGACACCAUCAACCGCGUGCGCGGCGAGAUCAGCCAGGUGAAGGACGUCAUGAUUGAGAACAUAGCCAAGGUGCUGGACAGGGGGGAGAAGCUGGACCUGCUAGUGGACAAGACGGAGCUGCUGCAGGGGGAGGCCUUCGCGUUCCGCAGAGAGGCCACGCGCGCGCGCCGCGUCAUGUGGUGGCAGAACGUGCGCAUGUGGUUCAUCAUGGCUGGCUGCGCGUCGGCGGUGGUCAUGAUCAUCGUGAUGAUGGCAUGCGGCUGCGACGGGCGCCUGCUGCGGGGGCCGGUGUCGUCGUUGUCACCCGAGGCUGCAGUGCUGACCGUGGAUGGCGCGGCUUCGGGCGCCAUCCGGUCGCUUUUGAAGCAGGCAAAGGAGGAGUAUGCCGGUGACUUGUACCGCGACCUACCCUCACCGCGGAAGGUGCAGACCAUUUCGCCCACGGGCAGGAGCGGCACCGCCAGCUACAGCUAUGCCUCCAGCAUGCCUGCCACCAAGAUGAAUAGCCCGAUCAUGGACGGCUGGCUGGCUGCUGGCAGCGGCGGCGGCGGCGUGCGUGCAGCGUCCUAUGCGUCGGCCUAUGCGUAUGGAAACUACCGCGGCCUGUAA